AUGUUUCAAAUAAGCACUGCAACGCUAUGGAACGAUAAUGCAACGAUGUCUAGAAAUCUUUGUGAGACGGUGGUAGAGACACCUAUCCCUUCCGCUGCGACUGGUCAACCGAUGUCGCAAAGUGGUUUCAGUCUUGCCCAAAGACAAAGUUUUGGAUACUUUGACGACAUCUCGGACGAACACUGGAAACGAGCUCAACAGAUUCACGCCAAAAUGUUUCCCAACCAUUCACCUCGACUGGGCCAGUAUUCCAAUGCAUUAGUCGUCAAAGACAAGAUGGCAGAACUCAAAAUGUCUAGCUUUUGGUAUGCACAAAACUUUCACGAAGAAUUCCAUUGUCCUCUUGCCCAACGAAUUCCAACGGAUGGUGAGGGCGAUGGACCGAAAUGGGUCUGUGAUCCCCACCGAUUGAAAGACAAGAAAGAUUGCUUAGUCUACUCAAUUGGGUCCAAUGGAAAAGCUGAAUUUGAAACUGGAGUGAGAGAUGAAAUCGGAAAUCACUGUGAGAUCCACACCUUUGACGUCGGCAGUUACAACAAGCGCAAUGGGAACUUUGCCGAAGCGCUAAAGGGAAUCGCAACCUUCCACCAUUGGGGAUUUGGUACUAAAGAAGAGGCCCAAAAGCAACCAAGAAGAUUUAAAACCCUACAGCAAACAAUGAAGGAGCUGGGUCAUGCAAAUCGAACCAUCGACCUAUUCAAAAUCGAUUGCGAGUGGUGCGAAUGGUUCACAUACGAACAGUGGCUGAACCAGGACAUUCGACAGAUAUUGGUCGAAACGCACAACGCUCCGAUGCCAAAUGUACAGGACUUUUUCUACAAAUUGCACGAUGCAGGCUUUGUUAUCUUCAACAAGGAAGCGAACUAUCAAAAUGGCGGAGGAGGCGUCGAAUAUGGCUUCCUGAAGCUUUCCACUGACUUUUUUGUAGACGGAAGUGUCUACGAUGCCACAGCAAUGAAGUAG